CUUUACAUGUGAAAUUUCAGAAGGAAAAAAAAUUGUUUUGUUCCACUGCAGUUCAGUUUACAUAAUGCGCCUGCUUAUAUCCUCAGUAAUCUUGUGGUGACGGUCGAGCCAAAAGGGCCCGUAGUGGUUGGUCCAGUGGAAUGUCUGAUGGAUUUCAUCAAACACGUGUUGCCAAGAGCCUUUAGUUGAGGCACAGCUUGCUGUUGCAACCGCAAGGUCGAAGAUUUGUAGCUUAUUUGACAGAGCGCCUUCAGAUUUGGUGCGUUCGGGGUCGUCUGUUGCCUCUUCUUUUUUUUUUUGUCACGGAAAGAGUCUCACUCAGAAUCACACGAGUGUAAGGACUAGGACUAGGCAAAGGCGUGGAAGACGGGGCAGCAGGCACGGCACGGCAUGGGAGAGGAAUCGCCGCUGCUUGCCCUCCUUCGCCAUGACGCUGCGUGCGCGUGUGGUCCGUGGCGUAGUGCAUGCGACCGCGUGCACGACUGACGACUGCGCAUCGCCAUCGGACGGACAAGUUGUCGGCUCGCAGCGACAGGAGGCGGUGCGCAGCUGCCCACCACAUGUUCGGCAAAAUGCAUCACAGUUUGCUAUCGAUGGGCGUGUGGAGAAUUUGGAGGCAAUAUUUCCUGAGAAUUUCGUGAAGCCUGCAUGCCCAUUAUGUACAUUUCAGUCAGGCAGAUUGGAACCACUUGUUUUGAUUCAUUUUGGUGUGGAGGUGUGCUGAAAAAUGGCUCAAGACCAUUCUGCUUGCAUGAAGUACAUGGGUUCGUCAUCUGAUCAUAUUGCACGGUGUCUCACAAGCUUCUGAGUUUCAGCACCAAGGCCGUUUGAAGGUACAAGCACAUAGAUAAUCCUGUCUCCUGAUAUAUUGUGAGUUCGUGUGACCAUUUUUUUGCUGUAAAAUUUAUAGUGGAGAACACUCCACAUGAUCCAGUGUUGUGCGAUCAGAGGUAAGUACUGGCCUCGGUUGUGUAUGCUGACGCUGGAGUCUGGAGUACAGUAGAGCAUACAACUGUAUCGUCCCCAGUGGCCACUUACGUCUGAUGUCAUUUUCAUCAUCACAAAGGAAACAGCUCAAGGCCUUGUUUAGUUUCCACCAAAAACUAAAAACUUUCUAAAUAUAGAUGAAAAUAAAAACUAAUUACAUACUGUAAAUCGUGAAACGAUCUUUUAAGCUAGUUACUCCAUGAUGGAAUAAUGUUUGUCAAAUAAAAAUGAAAAUGCUACGGUAGCGAAAUUUAAAAAGUUUUUCCAACUAAACAAGGCCUCAGCUGCAACAGACCCACCACUCACCCGUCUGUCUUCUCCGAGAUUUCCAUUCACGCGUCAUUUCCAGCUCAGCCUCGUCGUCCUGUCCAUCGCCGGCCUCGUAGCCACGGCCACGGCCACGGCCACCAGCCUGCACCCUUGUCGUCACGGCAGCGCUUGCCUUCCCCGAUGCAUUUCGUCACCACUGCCACCAAUCCCAUGGCCGGCCAUCAAUCCGUCAUCCACCCAAUUGGUGGAGCGGCCCACCGCACACAGCCUACUCUACGGCGAGGCACACCGCGAGACCGUCGGCGCCAGGCGGCCCCCCUCGGUCGCCGCGCAGCUCUUGUCUUGUGUCCCUUGUCUGCGCCGCGCGCUAGCACCCUUUGCCCCCAAGGACGCGUUCAAGCCGUUGUUAGGCGUCACCUUGUAUUGUACACGCCCAGCCGCAUGACGCUCGCCUCCAUCCGCGCAGCGCAGGUGUUCUUCGCGCUGGUGACGACAGACGGAUGGCCUGUCACUGCGCAGGUGGCCGGGUGCCCAUGAGGCGUGGCGUUCAGGUGGGUGUUCAGGGUGCCUGUUCAUUCAGGUGGGCGUCGCCUACAAACUGUUUGACGAAAUGCAUCAGCCAGAAGCUACUUCAGGGAGCCAUGUCAUCAAGCCACGUCAACAUGAGAAAGCCCAGGUGGAGCAGUGACAUACCUAAAUGGGAACCUAAAACCAAGUUUGAAGCAUGGCCAAAUUUGUCCUUUCUGGAUAGUUGAGUGGUGAAGAUUUCAGUAUUUCAGAGUUCCGGCAGAAGCAAAGAAACAGAUAGACCAGAGAAGCAGAGAGGCACACUGGCACAAGCAAUGAAGUAAUGAGGUCCAGGACUCCAGGUAUUCCUCAUGUGUAGGCAGACUAUAGGCCAAAGAAACAGGUCCUGAGUGCCUUGUGGCCCUUGGAGUUAGUGGCUUCAAUAAUUUGACCUGACAAGACUAGACAUUGUGGAGAAGGUGACGUACGUCAUUUUGCUCCAUUCCACCCGGGUGGCUUGACUAAACAUUGUGGAGAAGGUGAUGUACGUCAUUUUGCUCCAUUCCACCCGGGUGGCUUGACUAAUCAGUCACUAACGGCCACGGCCGAUGCGUCCUUUCAUUUUUGGGCAAGUUUAUCAACCCAGACCAGACGUUGCAAAAGAGGAAAGGAGGGCUACGCCACGCUUGGAGCUCCAGCAAAGGACACUAGGAAGGCCUCAAUUUUUAGAUGGAUGAGUAAAAGAAGUGUAUCUGAGCUCCCCAGAAAGCUCUGGUUUGCGCAUUCAUCUCUACUUUUUUGACAAGAACUCAAGGCUCCAAAUGUCUUUUCUAUAAAUAAAGUAGCUGCAACUCAGGCUGAAGGGUUACAGCUACUAUUUUUCUCAGGGUAAACAUGGUUGGUAUGGAAGCCGCUGCACUGUCUGCUGCAAUAACUGGAAUAUUGAAGGUUGUGGGAAACAAGUUAGCUCCACUCAUCAUCAAAGAGUACAGCUCUAUAGUGGGUGUGAAAAAGGACCUCCAGGAGCUCCAAGAUCUGGUUGAGGAGAUUAACUGUUGCCUGGGAACUGCAAGAGAUAGAGCUACAGGGGAUGCUCCAUGGCUCAAAAAAUUGAAACAAGUGGCUUACGAUGUUGAUGAUGUUGUGGAUGAGUUCCAGCUAAAGGCUGAGAAACAUGACACUGAUGGUGAUGGUGGAUCUGUGUUCAGAUACGUGCAUAUAAAAACAGAAUCAUUUUUAUUGCAAUGCAAGGCAGCCAAAAACAUCAAGCAAAUAAAGAAGAGAUUUGCUGAGAUUGUGAAGCAAAGAACCGACCUGACUGCAAUAUUUGGCCAUGAUCCUGUUAGCCAUAUAAACAAGACAACUGUGAAUGCGCAAACAUUGCCUGUUGGGGAUGAGGCAACAAUACUUGGAAGAGACCAAGAGAUGCAUCAAAUAAUAUCUAAUCUGGUAGAGAAUAAUGACAAAAACGAAAUCAAGAUUGUUUCCAUAGUAGGACUUGGUGGCUCUGGGAAAACUACCCUAGCUAAACUGAUUUUCAAUGAUGGUGAAACUAUAGAGAAACAGUUUGAAGUAAGACUAUGGGUUCAUGUGUCACAAGAAUUUGAUUUUGAAAAGCUCAUCAAGAAACUGUUUGAGGCUUUUGCUGAUAAAGAUCCUGGACAGCCUUCCUUGCCAUAUAUGAGUAAAAGAAUCCAAGAGGGGUUGACUCGUAAGAAGUUUCUAAUUGUAAUGGAUGACAUUUGGACAGAGUCCCAAAAUCAGUGGGACAAAAUAAUGGACCAUCUAAAAGCUGGUGCACCUGGAAGUGGGAUUUUAAUCACUACUCGUAGUAAACAUGUUGCAAAAGCAGUGCGGUCCACAUACCAGUUUUGUUUGCCACGCCUAUCUUCAGAUGACAGUUGGCAGCUUUUCCAACAAAGCUUUAGGAUGCCUGUGAAAUGUUUGGAGCCUGGCUUUAUAGAGGUCGGAAAAGAGAUUGUAGAAACAUGUUGUGGGUUGCCACUAGCAAUUAAAGUUCUUGCAGGUUCUCUUGGUGACAAGGAACUAAUAGGAGAGUGGCAGGCUAUGAGAGACAAUUUAUUAGAUAUUGAGGGUGAAGAAUCAGUAUCUGCAUCCUUGAAGUUGAGCUAUUUCCAUUUGCCAUCCAAUCUGAAGCCAUGCUUCACAAUGUGUUCAUUGUUCCCUAAAGGUCAUCUGAUCAAUAAACAACAAUUGAUUGAUCAAUGGAUUGCUCAUGAUAUGGUUAGUUUGAUUCCUGGUGUUGAUGAUUUGGAGCAUAUUGGGUGCAGGUACUUUAAUUCACUUGUACAAGUGUAUUUUCUACAAGACGUGGAGGAACAUGAUGGUAAGGUGACAUGCAAGAUGCAUGAUGUGAUUCAUGAUCUUGCCCGAUCCAUCUUGUCUGAGGAGUUUUCAACUACUUUGCCAGAGGAUGCAACUAAUUCCUCAAAAGGCUACAGAUACUUUUGUUUAACUGAAUCACCAAAAAGAAUUUUGCCCAAACAGGUUUUUGAUAGUGCACGUGCUAUUAAUGUUGAUAGUGUCAAUGAUAUAAUAUUUGGCAAGGCAUUGAAGAAUGCAAAACACUUGCGCAGUGUCACUGUAAGAUCUGCCUGUACAACAAGAGCAUUUAGCACCAUACUACAGAUAGAAAAUCUAAGUUAUCUUCACAUUUCAAGUCUGAAAUGUGAAAAGCUUCCUGAUGCUAUUUCACGUAUUUGGAGGUUGGAAGCUCUUCAUAUAACACAUAGUGGUUUUCUUGAGUUACCUCAAUCGAUAUGUAAGCUCCAAAAGUUGAGGACACUAAACUUGUCAUGGUGUAUAGAACUAAAGACUUUACCAGAUUCUAUUGGUGAUUGUCACAUGAUUUCAAGCAUAGACCUAAGUUUCUGUUAUGAGCUUACAUCAUUGCCAAUGUCUAUCAAUGGAAAUGAAAACCUAAGGGUCUUGAGACUAUGUAAUACCAGAAUUGAGAGGCUAACAUCAAGUAUUACUACACUAGGAAAUCUUGAGUAUUUGGAUCUUUCAUGUUCCUCUCUGAUAGAGUUACCUGAAGGCAUCGAGAACUUGAGGAAGCUUAAAGUUAUGAACCUAGAAGGAUGCGUAAAACUGGGAAGCAUGCCAAAAGGGAUUCACCAACUUGUUCACCUACAAAAGUUGGGCUUAUUUGCAUUAGGAGAGGGUGAAAAGUGUGCACAGCUCUCCGAGCUUGCAAAUGUAGGUAAGUUAGGUGGGGAUCUGACUGUCACCGGUAUUGAACAAGUGACAGAACCUAGUGAUGCUCACAUGGCAUGCUUGAAACAGAAGACAAACCUACAGCAGCUCUCACUAGUUUGGAGGAGUGGGUGCAUGGAUGUUGGAAAUGAGGUUGCUGUAUUGAAUAGCUUGGAACCACCAUCAGAGAUUAAAGAACUAAAGAUCAAACAGUACCCGGGUAGACAGUACCCAGAGUGGAUGCAGAAGCAAGAUGGGCUUUCUCGAUUUCCAUUUUUGACAAGGAUGACACUGAGUAAUUUCCCAAAGUUGAAACAUUUAAAGGGUCUUGUGGAGUUGCCUUGUUUGAAGGACCUUGAGUUGAUAAAAAUGCUUGCUCUCGAGAGCAUAAGUGGAGGCCCAUUUCCUUCACUGGUGUAUUUCAAUAUGAUUGGAUUGCCCCGGUUGAAAGAGGUUUGGAUGGUAACACAGCAGAUCUCGACCACGGAGGAGAGAGGAGGCAGUAACAACCAAACCUAUAACUUAGGACAAGUGCAAAUCGGUAUCUGUCUCUCAAAGUUAUCCAUAGACAUGUGUGCUGCAUUGGUGGUGAAGCCGCACCUGCCAUUGUCGCUGGAGGAAUUGCAGUUGAGCCAUACUAAUGAGCAGCUAGUGCAAUUGCCUGGCCAGCAGGACCAACGGUUCAUAAGUGACACAGGUUUUACCCCCUCUGUUUUUAGUUUUAGCUGUCUGAAAAAGCUUAGACUUUGUGACGUGAAAGUACCAACAUCACCUGUAUUGAAGAAGAAAGAAACAGCAUCAUCAUCGCCUAGAUCUGUAUCUCUAUAUAGCUGGGAGCUGAUUCAACACAUGCCAGCACUUGAGGACUUGUCAAUUGAGUGCUGGGCUGGCCUAAUUGAGCUUCCGGAGAGCAUUCAGGGCCUCACAUCCCUUCGAUCCUUGAAUAUUCAGGAAUGCUCUUGUCUCUGCACGCUGCCUGAGUGGUUAGGUGCGAUCCGUUCUUUGGAAUGCAUGGUCAUCCAAAACUGCAAUAGCCUGAGCAGCCUUCCUACAUCAUUCCAGCAGCUCACCACCCUCCAACGCCUGGUUUUAGUUGGCUGCACUUCUCUUGAGGUCCCAGAAUGGCUAGGGGAGCUCCGAUCUCUAAAGUAUCUGUGGGCUCAUUGUUGCUGGGGCACCAUUCCAAAAUCAUUAGGACAGCUCAACUCACUCAAGCUGCUAAGAAUAGAAGGAUGUGACGAGCAGCAUCAGUCAUGUGGUCGCCUCAAAGUAUGUCCAUGUGAUGCACAUCAUCAAUUGCCAGAAUUCAUGUUGGAGCUCCACUCUCUACGAGAAUUAUACAUUGGUAAACUGCGAGGUAUGACUUUCCUUCCCCAAUCAAUAGGUUGCCUGACCUCCCUUGAGUCACUUACACUAGAGAAUCUCCAUGCACUUCGGCAAUUGCCUGACUUCCUAGGAGGGCUAUGUUCUUUACGCAAGCUCUUCCUUAAGCAUUUGCAUGGCCUGAUUUCCCUUCCCCAAUCUAUGUGCCGCCUCACUUCCCUUGAGGAGCUCUAUUGUUGUAACUGCCGAAGCAUGAAAUUUUUGCCAGAGGGGAUACGGGACCUCACGGCUCUACGAUAUUUGUGGAUCAAUUCCUGCCCUGGUCUGGGGAGGCGUUGCAAGGGAGAAGAUUGGCAUCUCAUCUCUCACGUUGACCGCAUAUGCAUUGAUGGCCAGGAUCCACGGCUAGAGAAAAGGAGGCUUCAUUUCCCUUCAUCUUCCAAGACCAAAUUGUUAGAUAAGUUAUAUGACCAGGAUAUAAUUAGUAGAUGCAAAGAAAAAUAAACAUUUCAAUUUUUGUAUCACAACUGACUUGUUCUGUCUAUCAUGUACGUGCCACACGAGGGGCUAUUCCUCGUCUAUGUAGCAUGCAACCUCCAGGCAAGAGAACGUCAAGGCAUUUCAACUAAACCUUCUGCAACUCUGAAUUUUACAUGGUAACCAGAGUGGCAAAACAGAACUAGAGAAACCUACAAUGGCCAACUCCUCCAAUGCCAUGAAUCCUCUCUUCAGCAUCUAUCUCUGAGAAGCAGUCAAAGAGCAACCACCCAGUGUGGAAGGCGCAAAUCCUUGUUUUCAUCGCAUCCAAUGGGCCAUCUCAUUAGCACAUGUGCAGUGCCCCCUGCUGAAAUUGACAGCAAGUUAGGACACAAUUUCUGAAGUCCCGAUCCCGGCUUAUAAAGAAUAGUAGCAUGUGUUGAGUUUAGAUUCUGGACAUGGGUGGGAGAUGCUGUAUCACAUGAUGACACUUUUUUUUUGACGCUGACAUGAUGACACUAGUCAUUGGAGAUUUGUGACUCUGAUGAGCGUACUGAGCUGUCAGAGAUCUUGGGGGGCCUCACAUCCCUCUGGUCUCCGAAGUUGCAUGGUUGCUCUGCUAUUCGCAGAUUGCCUGAGUCGCUAGGGGAACUCUUCAAGGGAGGCAGUGCCUGGUUUGAGCCCUCUAUCUGGUCUCGACGUCUACUUCAGCUUGGCUCCCUUGAAAGGUUAACCAUCCAUCACUGCCUGGGAAUCAAAUCUGUACCAGAGGAUAUAAAGGGCGUCACCGCUCUGAAGGAAUUGCAUAUCUGUAGGUGCCCUGAUUAAACAUAUAGAUAGACAUGCUUUGAUGCCACUCAAGGAAAAAGGAAUGCUGAGCACUAUGUCAUGUCUCUAAAACAAGAGUAUUAUAGUUCAAAUCUGCAAGCAUCAUAAGAAGUUACAGUUGGCUUGCUUUAGCAGUUGCACUGCUGCUGAUGGAGAUGUAAAAGAAAACAUGACGAAGCUUUUGUACUGAUUCAUUUGUUGAAUAUUUUGAGUGACGAUGUAGUUCUGACUUUUAAGUUCUUGCAUAUUAUUCAUUGAA